GCUGACGACGUCUUUUCGGCGCCGUUCUGCUUCUCCUCCUGCUGCUGCUGUUUUCUUUUUCACAUCCCCACCCCCUAUUCCUUUGCUUUCUCCUUGCUCCUGGAUUUUCUCUCCCUCCUCCAGUUUCAUUCCGCCGGUAGUCAAACGCCCAUGAAUCCCGCCUGCCGUGCGCACUCCCUUGUACAUACCGUUUCAUCGCAGCAUUAGCCAGCAUUCGGCAUCGGUGUUUCGGAGCUUCAGCUUAUCUUUCGGCAUUUCUUCGAUUUAUUAUUUUAUUAUCGCAUUCCAGCAUCUAGAUUUCCACCCUGGAAUCUAUCGGAUAGGGGCAGACACGCGACACCGACGGAGCUGCUUAUACCCCUCGCUUGACCCUACAUCGCCCUCCCAUGCUAGCUCGUUCGUCCUGGUAGCUCCCGAUCUGCGAUCCUAUAUAAAGCACCGUCCCGUCGUCCCGUCAUCGCACGUCAGCCAUGGCGUCGACUAACAACAACUCCUCCGUCGAUCUGGGGAAGCCCCAGUUCGCUUCCCACUCAUGGGCUGAGCCGAUCAUAGUUGUGAGCAUCAUGCUCAGUUCCUUAUAUUUCAACCGUCGCAGAGAUUUCAGCAUCUUCGGCAAGAACAAUAACCGGGACCUCGGGGCAUCACACCCGUUGUAUGUGAAGGACGAGGAGGCUGAUCCCUACGACCCAUACUCGGAGAGAGAGAGCGAUGACCAGCCCCGGAGUCAACCCAAUGCCAACCCAUAUCCCCCGAAGAGCCGCAAGUGUCUGUGGUACACCAUCCAGACACCGAACUCGUCUCGUUUCGCUCGCCAUUUCCACAGUCGGAUUCUGCAGAAAUUCCCCUUCUUGGUCGAGAUGUUUUACUGGGUCAUGAACUACUUGUUCUAUUCGUGCACAAAGGCCAUCGCGCAAUCGCUCUCUCCCGCCGGAAGUGACGUCGUCCAGCUCGCCCAGGACCAUGCCAUUGGAGUUUUGAACUUUGAACACCAUUCGUUUUUCAGCAUCUUCUUCCCGAUCGAGGAGGCCGACCUCCAGGCUUUCUUUGUCAACGGUCACCCGGGAUGGAUGACCUUCUUUAACCGCAUCUAUUCCCUUGUCCACAUCCCAGGAACAGUCGCCUUCCUGUCCUGGUGGUACUUCUCCGCUCCUGACUUUGAAACCUUCGCCAUUGUCCGCCGCACCAUGACCCUUGGUAACUUCAUGGCAUUCAUCAUCUUCUGUUUCUGGCCUCUGAUGCCUCCACGUCUACUGCCCGAGUCUUACGGCUUCCACGACACUGUGCGUCAGGAGCACGCCGAGAGUGUCUGGGUGGGAGGGAAAAUGGUGAACCAGCUCGCUGCCAUGCCCAGCUUGCACUUUACCUACGCUUUCUGCAUCGGCAGCACAUUCUUCUACCACUCCGGUAUCCUACACCGCCUUUUCGGAAAGCGCACCACCCGCACAACCGUGAAGGACAUUAUCUUUUUCAUCCUCGGCUUCAUCUAUCCACUGCUGGUCCUGUGUGUGAUCGUCGCCACCGCCAACCAUUACUGGCUCGAUGCCACCGUUGCUACCUUCUCCGUCACCUUUUCUUUCUUCUGCAACCGGAUCUGGAUGGUUCUGCUGCCUUUGGAGGACAUGCUGUUGUGGGUGUUGCGGCUGGAGAAACCCAUUCCGACGACCGGAAACCUCCGGGGCUUGCCCCAAGACGAUGACCGUGAAGGCAUCGAAUACCGUCCAGUAUAGCUAUAAUAAUAGACUAGUCGAGUGACCGUGACUGCGUAUUGUCCCUACGAUGACCUUGCACGGCUUCUCCCAUGGAGAUGACCUGGACAGGAAGCAUGGCACUGGUAUUGGACUAAUCAUGUACCUCAGCUUGUUUCCACAUCUGCGUUCUCGAUAGGUGGGGUGUGUGACGCCAGGCAUGCGAUUUAACGACAUAUAGAAUAUAUACGAUCAAUCCUCUCUGAUACCAAC